AUGAGUGACCUGCUGGAAGAUGGGUCUUUCAUGUUCACGUCGGAGUCCGUGGGAGAGGGACAUCCAGACAAGAUUUGUGACCAGAUCAGUGAUGCUGUCCUGGACGCUCAUCUGAGGCAGGAUCCAGAUGCCAAGGUGGCCUGUGAAACGGUGUGCAAGACUGGCAUGGUGCUGCUGUGCGGAGAGAUCACAUCACGCGCCAACGUCGACUACCAGAAGGUGGUGAGGGACACCAUCAGACACAUUGGCUACGACAACUCUGAAAAAGGUUUUGACUAUAAGACGUGUAACGUGCUGGUGGCUCUGGAGCAGCAGAGUCCGGACAUUGCCCAAGGGGUCCACGUGGACAGACGUGAGGAGGACAUUGGAGCAGGAGACCAGGGUCUGAUGUUCGGCUAUGCCACAGAUGAGACAGAGGAGUGUAUGCCUCUCACUAUUGUCUUAGCCCACAAACUCAACGCAAAGAUGGCUGAACUCAGACGCAACGGCACCAUCCCCUGGCUGCGUCCUGACUCUAAAACACAGGUGACAGUGCAUUACGAUCAGAAGGACGGAGCCGUCAUCCCCAAGAGAGUUCACACUGUGGUCAUCUCUGUCCAGCAUGACGACUGCAUUUCUCUGGAUGAACAGCAAAGGGUCCUCAAGGAGAAGGUGAUCAAAGCUGUGGUUCCUGCUAAAUAUCUGGAUGACAAGACCAUGUAUCACCUCCAGCCCAGUGGUCGCUUCGUCAUUGGAGGACCUCAGGGUGAUGCUGGUGUGACAGGCAGGAAGAUCAUCGUUGACACGUACGGAGGUUGGGGUGCUCAUGGUGGUGGAGCCUUCUCUGGCAAGGAUUUCUCAAAGGUCGACCGUUCUGCCGCCUAUGCCGCCCGCUGGGUGGCCAAGUCCCUGGUCAAGGCAAAGCUGUGUAGGAGAGUGCUGGUUCAGGUCUCCUAUGCCAUUGGAGUGGCCCACCCUCUCUCCAUCUCCCUGUUCACCUAUGGCUCUUCCCCAAAAACAGAGUCAGAACUCCUUCAGAUCGUCAACAAGAACUUUGACCUGCGGCCAGGAGUCAUUGUCAGGGAACUGAAGCUGAAGAGGCCUAUCUACCAGGAUACAGCCGCCUAUGGCCACUUUGGCCGUCCAGAGUUCACUUGGGAGAUUCCCAAGGACCUCAAGUUCUAAAAACUCCGUCUGCUCGUCCCGACCAACCAGCAUGGAGACUGACCACAAGGCUUCUUUAUGGGCUACAACCACAAAAGACAAUUACUUCUUUUUGAAUCUCACCAGCUCCACCAAUUGAGAGGAUGACUUUUUUUAUUAUUGGAAGAGAUAAAGCUAAAGUUAGGAAUAGGUCAGCAAUGAGAUUUUAGGUUAGCUUUGAGGAGGUGAUUAUAUAAUUGUAUGCCAGUGUGGCUGUAGCCCAUAUAAUGGGACAUUUCAUGCUCCCUAACCCCAGUGAGAAGGGAAAAAUUGCAGAGGACAUGUCACUAGCCAACCCCUUUCUCUCCCCUCCCUGCUUUUGUAGGCCACAAAACAUCUUAAUCAAAAGAGAGGAUAGUCACUGUGAUGCAUCUAGACUGGACAAUCCAGGUGGUCACAUUCAGAUACAACCUGACAGACCACCUCAAGACAUUGGCUGACUUAAAUUUAUCAACUGAAAACCCAUAGGGACUAUGUGUUGCCAUAUCAAGAGGGUGUUUUAGCACUAUUAAGGAAGCAUAUUUAUGCAUAAUAUGCAUAAUUGCUGAAAACUAACAAUUGUGCUCCACAAGCAAAGCCUUUAGCCACAAAACUGUACAGGUCAGUGUGCACCAACUAACCUCAGCACAUAUCAUUUCCAAAUGGUGCUAUUUUAUGAAACCAUUACCUAUUACACAACCAAAGGCUUGACUUUUUUCUCCACUGAGAAGAAACUAAAAAGUGGACUCGAGAAAAAAACAAUUUCUUUUAAUUCCAUCUUCCUGUCAUAACUUUUCUAAGUCUUAUUUUGUAGUAAUGAGCUACAGAAAGCUGUUUGCACUAUUACAGCCACUAUUGUGCAGGAGGACCUUAAAAACUCGAGGGAGAUAUGUCCUCUGUAUGUUACAGUCUACCAAAUGGUAAAUUAGCCAUUAAGCCUUAUGUUUUAAUAGUGCCCCACAACUCAUGUCUUAACUACCUUUUGAAUCUCUUCUCAAUUCUGCUUUGUUUCAGUAUCAAGUUUUAGUGCAAAUACAAAUAUACACGGCAAAUUUGUAUCUAAUGUCUGCAUUUUUACCACAAACCUGUUGUUGUGGCUGAGGCUAUAACUGUGAAUAGACUUAUUUUAGCAAAUACAUAGAGGUCUGUAUUAGUCUGACUUGAUUAUGAAUUGAUCUUUUGUGAUUGUUUGCUCUAUACAGUGGAUUACCAAGCUGCAUACUGCCAAGAUUAAGCAUAUUUCUAUGGACCGCUGAUGCCUUAAGAUUGCUACAUUUUCACAGUAUUACAGUACAUGCCGUUGUUGAUUUAUGAGAACAAGCCAAAGUUGGUCAAACGUAAAAAAACGUGAUGACAGAAUACCUUUCCUGCAAAAGUGCUGCUGUCGAAUGUGAAUUUUUUUCCCCCUCACCAUAUAGAAUCUGCUCCUUCAAUAUCUUUGAGAUAUUAAUGUUGACCCAGAUCCAUCAACCCAGAGGAGAAAAUUAGGGAGCAUCCCUAAAAAUGAUUUGCAUGUGAUAGGUCAUGUGGAGCAUUAUGUAAAUUAGAAGAUUGUUUUUGCCAUUCAUAAAUAACAGAAGUAUUUGGUUACUUUCAUCAUACACAGUAAUCAAACACUUCUGAUGUACUUGAGGCAGUGCAGCAGUAUUCCCCUUUUAUACAGAUUUAUAUCACGGACUAUUGUGGUGAGCACAACAAUGCUUUCACCUGCGUCCAACAUCUUGUUGUAAGACAGGUAUUUCUCUAUUAACUCUGUGCUGAUCUGUAUCCUUUCUUGUCAACUUUAGCCUGCAGAGAAA